CCUCAAUCGUCGAAAGCCUCACCCUCCCCGGCCAAUCUUCACGACAGAACCACAGUCAAAAUGCCUUCCGCUCAGCUUCCCAACAUUUCCUCGGACCUGGUCUGGGAGAUCGUCCGCAACAACAACUCCUUCUCUGCUAAGAGCAAGAAGAAUGGCGGUGUCCAGUUCUCCCGGGACCCCCUUAACCUGACCAACAUCAGCUCCCGAAAGCACGCUGGUUUCGUCAACGACAAGGCCGUUGGUAUCUCCGUUGGUGAGAAGGGUGAGGUUGUCGUCACCACCAAGAAGGCUCAGCCCAACAAGCCCGCCCAGAACACCACCCAGACCUCUUACAGCGCCGUCAAGUCCAACCGCAAGACCUACCAGGCUGUUGCCAACCAGGUCGCCAAGAACAGCUACCGCCCUGACCUCCGCGCCGCUGCCGUCGAGCGUGCUUCCGCCGUCAAGCGAUCCAACAAGCCCGUCAAGCCCGAGCCCGAGCAGAAGCUCCGCGGCAACAAGGCCAAGAAGGCUGCCGCCGCUGCUGAGGAGAACUAGAAGAUCACUCAGCAAUUGGUGGUAAAGAAGGACCUCUCCUCCCAAGCAGCAGAGCCUCAAUACAACCUCUGAUGCGCAGGUGGAGCGAGGAAAGGCGAGGAUGAAUAAGACUUGGGAAAUGGAGCCGGGGAGGCAAGCUGCAUAGCUCUAAUCCUGAUGAGUAAAAAAAAAGGGAUUAUCAGGGAGGGCAAAAGAGCAUCAACCGAGGUCUCUGGGUCAUUCACGGCUGGAGUUGGCAUUUGUACUCAAGAUGAAUGAAUAUCCGGCCAGCAACAAUGCUGGCAACCCCAAAGUCAAGUCCCCGUUGC